GGACCGCAUGUGAUUGAUUGGAUAUCAUACACAAAUUAAGAGGACCUUUUUUGAGAAAAUGCAUCAUCCCUUUUCUCCACUUGCACUUUUUUUUUUUUCUUUCCUGACAAAAUGACAUAUACCAAACCAAUGCCCCACUUUGAUCUUGUUGAUCACCCUACUUCGGAAACCAUAAAGAUGCUAACGGGACUGUUGGAGCGCAUCACAAAAGCAAACGAUCAAUUGUUCGCUACGCAUGCCGAAUCUCAUCGCAAGUCGAAAUCGGCACUGUUAUCAUAUAACUGUUUCCAUGCUCGCUCCAUUCCGACCAUCGAUAUUCACUCUUAUCUUGUUCGCAUUUUAAAGUAUUGUCCUUGCAGUAACGAGUGCUUCCUCAGCUUACUGGUGUAUUUCGAUCGUAUGUCUCGCAAAUCGGUCGGAUUACGUAUUGACUCGUUCAACAUCCACCGAUUGAUCAUCUCUGGUGUUAUGCUUGCCAGCAAAUUCUUUUCAGAUGUCUUUUAUACCAAUGCACGAUAUGCCAAGGUAAAUUCUUCUUUCGUUAUUGAAAAACCGGUUGGAAAGUGAAGUCAUCGGAAGGGGAAGGAACAUUUCAUGUGCCCUUUUUCGGACCCUUUCCUGGAAUUGGACUCUCUCAUGUGAUAGGCUGCUGACUUUACAUUGUCUUAAACGCUAUGAAUCUUUUUUUUUUUUUUUUUUUUUGAUUGUAGGUCGGAGGGCUGCCGGUGAUG